AUGGUUAUUGAGUGCAGAUAUUUUUCUGCAACCAAAGAUGUUCUGGCUGGUAGUGGAGGUGGUUUAGUUUCGAUUCUUGUUUCCCAUCCAUUGAACACAGUUAUCAUUCAAUUAAGAACAAAUCCUGAUACAUACAAGAGUGCAUUGCAUUGUGCUCGAAGUAUUUGGAAUAAACAGGGUAUACUUGGCUAUUAUAAAAAUAAGGAUAUACCAAUGGUUAGCCCAGCUAUUAUCAUGAGUGAACAGUUCUUCUUUUAUGGACAAUUGAAACGAUGGUUAGGAAUUAAAGAGAUUGAUGACAAUUAUGAAAUAUCAAGGUGUUUUCUAGCUGGUGCAUUAACAGGAUGUAUCUCAUCCUUUAUUGAAACUCCACUAGAACUGAUUCAUUGUCAAAUACAAAGACAGAUAAAACAACAUACUCACGUAUUCGAUCCAAAUGUUCUUGAUGGUAUGAAAUAUAUUUUGAACACAAAUGGAUUAUUUGGAUUUUAUCGGGGUUUUACGGCAACUAUAAUUCGAAGCGUACCGGCCUGCAUGUUUUUUUUUGGUGGAUAUGAAUGGACAAAACGUAAACUUUAUACUAAUACGUCAUCUGACUGGUACAGCGGUACAAAGGAGUAUCAUUUUCGUUUAACGACACUUUUAGGUGGUGCUUGCGGAGGAUUAGCAUGCUGGUUUUCCUGUUACCCAUUUGAUGUAAUUAAAUCGGCCAUUCAGACAGAUGACAUUCGACGAGAACAUCGGAAAUACACUUCCUAUAUGGACUGUGUGAAACAGUUGUACCAGGAUGGCGGAAUAAAAAUCUUUUUUAGAGGCUUUGUACCAAUAGUGUUGAGAACAAUACCGGUUAGUGCUGCUUGUUUUCUUGCUUAUGAAGAAAUAUAUAGAGUGUUAGAAUAG